CCCUGCAGACCGUCACCCAGCCGCCCUGGGCUCCCGGCUGCACGGUACAAGUCGAGGGACUACAAGAUGAGGCUAAGCUACGUGCUAAUCUAGCUGGCUCCGCGGCGACUAGCGGGGGCAGGCUAACUACAGCUAACGGAGGUUCUAAGUUGCGGAGCCGAGCUUCUAAGUCGCUAAGCCUUGCCUCCAUCGCUACCAACACUCCAUUUAUUACAAUUACCACUACUGUUAAGGGAGGCAGAGGAGUAAGUAAACAUGAGCCACUCGGAGCAAGAGGGAGAGAGAGAAGACAUCGCUGCUAUAUAGCUACGAGGCACUUUGGCUGGUGAAAUGGAAAAGCAAACGGAUGAGAAUGAGGGGAUUAAAAGGAAUUUGCAGUGUAUUAUACAAGAGCUACAGGGAGAGAUGACCCUUCAGAAACAGGUAAAGAUGCUAUCUAAAGAGACUGAAGUUCACUGCCAGGCUCAAAUGCAGGCUACAGAGGCUUUCCAAACAUUGAAAGAGUUCUGUCAUCACAUACAAACCCAGCUGCAACACCAAGACCAGGAGUUCAAAGUCCUCAUUGCUGUCAAGGACCACAGGUAACGGUAAGCUGAGCAGGAGGGAGACAGUCUGGUGCGGUGGUGCUGAAGUCCAGAUGAGGGUGCAUGGUGUCGGUGCUCCCUUUCAUAGCCAUUCACUAACUGAGGUCCAGCACAGGAUGAACCAUGGUCAUGUCCUUCUCAGCCUGUGACAGCAGUAAAGCAUACUCCAAGGAUCUUGAGUAGCAUAAUUACAUUUUGAGAUAAAACUCAAAACUCAUAAUAUAUUUAUAUUCUUACAGCUCCUAUCAUCAUCAAAGCUCCCAUGUCUGAGCAAUUGACUUCAAUUUGAAAAUAAACCUAUAGGCUCCUAUUUUCAAAUGUAAGUAUUUUUGGGGCAAAUAUUUUUGUUUUACUGUCUUGUGAUAAACUAAUAUUCAAAACA